CCCCUCUUUGCACAAUUUUUUUCAGACCCCAACUCUAUCGAACACGUAACUCACUUCCUUGACUCCCAUAACAUCACCUUCGAGUGGACAGCACCUCCGGGACGCGUCGAUUAUUACAUCAUUGUUUACAACCCCCUCAACGAACAGAAGAAGCAGAAAUUGCAGCAGGUUCCACUUAAUAUAACACGUCCAGGAGACAACGUAAAUGUCGUGAUUGAAAGCCUGAAGCCUGGAGAGUUGUACUCCUUCCGCCUUUACGGCGUCAGCCAUGAUGUCAGAAGUGAAGGUUUCGGCGUCCAGACUAGAACCAUGCCUGUCGUCGACUCUGUCAUUAACAUUGUUGCUGACGAACAUGAGACUCCAACACUGGGCAUCAAGUACACGCCCACGCCUCAGCGGCACGUGGUCUUUGACUGGUACCGGUUCCAGCUUAGCGAUACCGGUGUACCAGGGCAGGAAAAGCUGUCGAAUGACAUCAACUGGCCGGUACUCUUCGACAAUCUUGUUCCCGGAAGACUCUACAACAUCAGCAUUUGGACAAUCAGUGGCGGAGUCUACAGCGUGCCCAUUGACCGACACACCAGGCUGUUCCCGGACCCGGUGAAGGAGAUCAAGGCGCUGACGGUGACGGACACGGUCAUUUCGCUGGUCUGGGAAAGUGCCACGGGCGACCGCGACGGCUACGAGGUGCAGUACCUGGACCACCGGGGCGUGCUCGUGCAGAACUUCACCCUUGGCGAACGUAUCGCGUACGAGCACCUGCGGCCCCACCACAACUACACCUUCGUGGUUGCCGUCAUGAGCGGGUACGACACGUCCAGCGUGCGCCGCAGUCUGCCCAUGUCCCGCACCUUGCAGACCCUCGAGUCCGUGCCAGGGAAAGUCCAGAACUUCCAACCAUUCGAGCUGAAACCAAGCGAAAUCGAGCUGCAGUGGUCGCUUCCAUCCAGCGAACAGAACGGCGUGCUGACGGGCUUCAAAAUCACCUACUAUAUGAAGGGUUCCUUGACCUAUCGCCACAAACUGUUUGAACCAACUGAAACAAAGGGAGUCAUCUCAAACCUUAUUCCUGGACGAACCUAUGUCUUUGAGAUUCAAGCACACACAAAGAUUGGCCCUGGUGGAAAAGGGAGAUGGGAACAGACAACGCCCAUCUGAACCCCACCAAAGCCCAGCGUCUCUGUCUUCCCGAAGUCGGUGACCCACACGACAGCGACGAUCCGGGUCAGCUUCCGCAAGAACUUCUUUGCCAAUAGCCACGGUCUGAUUCACGCAUACACGCUCAUUGUGGCCGAAGAUGUUUCAAAGGAUGCGGCCAGCGCAAACCUGCCAACGUGGUCAGAAGUGCAGAGCUAUAGUUGGCCUCCAUAUCAGGUGACAGAGCCGUACUACCCAUUCAAUGGCACUCUCAUCGAGGACUUCGUGAUUGGUUCUGAAGACUGCAAGGGAGACAAGGGUUACUGCAAUGGGCCCUUAAAACCUGGCUCGACCUACAGGGUCAAAGUGCGUGCGUACACCGCGCCGGACAAGUUUACCGACACUGUCUACUCGUACCCAAUCCAGACAGACCCAGACAACACUCCCCUGAUUGUUGGCAUCCUAGUUCCCCUCUCCUUAUUGGUUAUACUCGCCGUCUUAUUGGUUUUCCUGAGGCGCCGGCGUCUAGGACCUUUCGCACCCCACUCCAGAGGUGACCCUCAUUCCAAGGACCAUGGCAUCGCUUCCAUAGCUGAAACUGAAAUGAUAACCAGUCGUCCAGUGAAACUCAAGGACUUCCUCGAGCACUACCGCAUCAUGUCGGCGGACUCGGACUUCCGUUUCUCCGAGGAAUUCGAGCUUGUCAAGCAUGUCGGCAGAGACAAGCCGUGCGGUGCAGCCGACUUACUGGUGAACCGGCCCAAAAACCGGUUCACGAACAUCCUCCCGUAUGACCACUCGCGCGUCAAGCUGCUCCCCACUGAUGACGAGGACGGGUCGGACUACAUCAAUGCCAACUAUAUUCCAGGCUUCAACUCUCCCCGUGAGUUCAUCGUGACCCAGGGCCCAUUACACAGCACGCGUGACGACAUGUGGCGCAUGGUCUGGGAACAGAACUGCCGUGGCAUUGUCAUGCUGACACGCUGCAUAGAGAAAGACCGCGAGAAGCGCGACCACUACUGGCCUUUCGACACGCAGCCCGUCUACUACGGUGACAUCCAGGUCACUAUUCUCAAUGAGUCGCACAACGCCGACUGGACCAUCUCAGAAUUCAAGGUUUCCCGGGGAGACCAAUCCCGAAUAGUCAGGCAUUUUCACUUCACGACGUGGCCGGACUUCGGGGUGCCUGAUCCGCCGCAAACGCUGGUGAAAUUUGUCCGAGCAUUCAGGGAGCGAGUCAUCCCUGACACCAAGCCCAUUGUCGUCCACUGCAGUGCCGGUGUCGGUCGUUCCGGCACAUUUAUUGCGCUGGACCGAAUCCUACAAGGCCUGCGCAAGUAUGACACGGUGGACAUCUUUGGAAUUGUCUACGAGAUGCGUCGCGAGCGGGUCUGGAUGGUCCAAAAUGAGCAACAGUACAUCUGCAUCCAUCAGUGCCUGAUGUGCGUUCUUGAAGGAAAAGAAGACGUUUUAGACUGUCCAAGACCUGAAGCGCAUGACAACCAAUGUUUUGAGGAUGACGAAGGGAUAGCCGAAUCUGGAAUAUGACCUUAAAGCGCCCCACUAGGAUUCCCGCAAAGCGACUUGUUCGUGCGAUCUACGCAAGCCAAGACGUCGUCUCCUUGUGGACUUCACUCACUUCCUGGCCUAUAGACCCUUGGCUGCCAUGUUGCAGUUGACUCGGGAGCAAUAACGACCACUCCUUCAUCCUCCCCUUUUUAUUCCUUAAGACGUGUUCAUUAGUAUCCAAGCCAAGGAAAACGCCAAACAGUGCUGUGCGUGGUACAAACAACAAAGAAACCUAUGGUUUCUACAGUGGUGUGGUGGGGAGGUGAUGUGGAAGAAGAAAGAAAAAAACGAACCCUUCGCAACCUUCAAGGCAGACUUUUUGUGCGUGUGUUCAAGUGUGUGCGUGUAAAUACAACGAGUAAUUUAUCGCUGAACUUUAUCUCGGACGUGCCAGAACUUUGUGUGCGUAACAGUAUUGUGACUGGGAGCCUGCAUGAAGCUUGAAGGCUACUGGAAAGUCUGAUGAUUGCGUGGACAUAUAGUGUCGAGAUACUUAGUGCUUUUAACAAUGUUUCUUCUAAAAACAUUCGCAGUUUUCAAAGUCCUGUUGAGUGCAGCAUUAAACAUUGUAAGGAGAGAAUAGUACAAUAAUGACAGGUGCAUUAAUGAAUAGUUACAUUAAUGGUGCAUUCUUGAAUAGGUGCAUUAUGAAUAGGUGCAUUAAUGAAUAGUUUACAUGCUGUCAUGCCAAGAUUCAGCUGUAGUUGGUAUUCAAAUAUAAAUUGGAUGUUCCCUUUAAUAAUAGAUUACACAGUACAUCGUUUUUUGGGCAUAUCUGUUCAUAUGAGGACACAUAAUUCAGUAUAUUACCACUUUCUAUUCAAGUUCAUGUAUUUCGAACUAAAUGUGUCAGUCAAGUGCGUGUGUAUUUAUAUAUAUAUACUGAGUGGGACUAUUCUACUGAUGUUGGCUUAUUGUCUUCCAAUUGAAAACUGAACACCACUGUUUAUUCUAGACAUGUCGUAAGAUAAUUUUCAAUGUUGCCAAGCUACCAUAGUAUAGGUAAACUUAGAGUAGGAGUAGGUCUUAAAAGGUUCACAAUUUAUCAAAUAUGCACAUUUUCCUUGGAUCAGUUCACAUUUCCGUACUGAGGCUGCGUAUAAUUUAUAGCUGUAGUCUCUAAAAUAAUGUAACAAUGUAAGUGCUUAGAGAGGUGGUAAGUACGUAUCUAGAGAAAAUGGUUGCUUUAAGAUGCUUAUGCUGAGAGCAUCCACUUCGAAUCUCACAGGCGCCAAUCUCUGCUAGAGCACUUUCGACACAUCUGAGAGGUUCGACGGAAUCUUCGUAUUGUAACUACGAAGAGUGAUUAUUAGCAUGUGUAAGUUGCUGCAUCGAGAGCUUGCUUAAAAACUUGCGACACGUUUAAUUAAACUGCAGAAAAUCUUAUUGCAAGCCUUAUUACAUCGUUUCUUUUUUUUCGAAUAUAAUGAUAUGCAAAAUUCUUUAUAGCUGUAUUUGAGGUGUUCAUACAAAACUGUCGUUAUCACUGUUCUUUAGUGCUGAAAUUGCAUUGGUGGUAUUUUAGAGAAUUUUCAUUGCAUGUUCCUGAUCCUUAUACUUAUUGUUGACCAUAAUAUUCAAGAAAUCAUGAGUUUGUUGUCACUGCUGUGUAAUAUAUGAAAAUUGAUUGGUGUUAUUAAUGAAGGAAAUAAUGAAAAAAUCUUUAUGAGAUGUUCUUGUUUGCUUUAAGUGAUCACGCACAGACAGCACCUAUCUGCAGAGGAUGUAUUUUGCAUUACUGACUGAUGAUCAUGAAAAGUGUUUUCAAUGAGUGACAAAGCCUCGUGAGAUUGACCUUAAGCAGGUUUUCCGAUGAUGUCACAGAGCAUUUGACUGAGAGUCAAUGUCACGUGCCAACAGCAACUUUUGCUAUAACUGCUGAGAGCUCAGAAUUUUGUUCUUUUGUAAACCGGAAACUAGACAGUUGAGGCAGCUUAGAAUAGGCUCAUGACAAAGUAGUUUAGCGUCUGCUACUGGAUGAGUGCUGUAACAGAUCACCAUGAUGUAACUAUAAUGCUUCUUACAGCCUUAACUUCUAUUUGCAAUUAUAUCUGAAGGACUAUCAACUAGGAAACUAUUUUAGUUGAAUUCAGGAGUUCACCUAAAUCUCAAAGAUGUGCAUUGUUGUCCUUCGCAUUUCAAAUUUAGUACUAACAGAUGUCGACUAUUUUUGUUAAGUUUUAAGCUUUGUUCAUAUUCAGUGCACUUUCGCAUUCUUUGUGCCUGUUGGCUUCUUCAUUUCUUCUGUAAAUUUCACACUGUUGACCUCUGUAAGCAUGAAGACCUGGAUACUGCCCGUUACUCGUUCAAUGCUUUGACUAGCGAAUGCAAUCAAGUGAUGGGAGUGAAUGAACAAUAAAAGUUACACUGAAUUACC